GCUACGAUUGUGAAACUGCGCGGUCCAAGAAUUUUCCGGGACGAUAAACUUUCCGGAGGAAAACUCUUCAAAUUCCCUGAAAAGAUUGCCUGGACAUUUUGACGGGGGUGACGGCUUGAUGAGCACAGAAUUGCACAUGAACUGCUGUUAGUGCCGUGGAACUCGGGAGACCCGCACAGAAAAAAACACAUAAAACGGAAACGAUGAGUGAGCCGAUAGUAGUGAUUAUCUCGCUAGACGAGAAAGUCAAACCGGAAACGAUUGUCGAAAAGAUUCGAAAACAAUCGAACGAUCAAAAUCAGGUGCUGCUCACCGAUCCCGCGGACACUGUCGCCUAUCGGUACCACAUAAGCACGAAGUACUACGAAACAGAUGUGCUUCUGUUCCCGCAUGCGUCCCCGAUCACCGAUUCCCUGUCCAGUGCAAUCUUGAAUCGGACCGAAGGACUGCUGGUCUACUUCGAUGCACAUGAUCGUACCUUCCUUGAGCGACUGCCGGCGUUCGGUGCGUUCGUACAGCAGCAGGACAUCGAUUUCGGGAUUCUCCUGUGUACCACAUUGCCGGAGAACGCUUCCGAAGGUGUAACGUACGGUGAAGCGAAGCAAUUGUGUACCGUGUUGGAUGUGAUAGAACUGGAACCAGCCCCGGAAGACGAUGAGCCACCCAGUGACGAAGCCGUCGGUGUCGAUGAGCUUAUCCAAGCGAUGCACAAUCACAUUUGGUCAAACGUGCAAAUACACCGAGGGAGCAGAGCAGCGGCGGCGCUGGAAGCACUAGUCGAUGGAACAGAUGCAGAACCGUCCAGCGCGCUUAGUGAUGAUGAUGCAACCGAUGAGACGGUGGAACCGAACAGCAACGAGGAAGAGGAACGCAUGGAAGCCGCCUUGAACGGGUUCGAGAAGCUGUUGACGGAAGUGCGCAACAUGCACUCCAACGCAACCUCGUGGAGUCGGAAUGAGAGACUGGCCUAUGCCCAGGAGCUGGCGGAAAUGUUUGACAACAUGGUAGAGGAGGACGAUUAGCGAUGGAUAGUGAUCAUCGGAAGGGCCGCGGAUCUGUUCGCUACUGUGCCCGUGCGCCUACAUUUUUAUUUAGAGAACAUUACGCUUCUUCUCGAAACGCAAUUCCUUUCCCCAGGGCCAAUCUCCGAGGCCCGAGCCGCCUGUGUUAUGCAUAAACGACAGUUUAGUGAACCGUUGAGCAGAGGAUUUAUUUACGAAGUGAAUCUGUGUGAAACUAUAUGAAGAAAUAUCCUGCAAAGACAGCACGAUAAACAUACUUAUAUACUUACAAUAUAGCCUUCUAUUGAA